AUGUUCGUCGUCAGUCUGGUUUUUGUUACCAUAUUCACCUUCGUCGCCGAGACGCACAGCUCAUUUCAAGUGUCAAUUCCCGAUACGGGGCGACAUGUGAAUCCAGAAGAAGCUCGCACCAAUAGUGCUUUACCGUCUUCUUCGUUUCAUGCUUCUUUGGCGUCCCUCCACUCUACUCUCGACCUUGAUUCCUAUUCUCGUACUACCCCCUCCUCAUCUGUCGUCCCUCGGCAACUGGCAGAAGACAACAAUUUUUCCGAAAGUUCUCUGGACUCGAACGAGCUUCUGGCCCGUCUUCAUGCAGUCAAUCACGACCUCGUCGCCUCGUUGUUGCAUCGAGCCUCCAAAGCGGGUCAAGCUCAGCUUGAACCCACGCAAAUGAUGAUGGCCUGGCCGGGUCUCGAGAUCAUCGACUACACGUGCGCCGUCUUCUUUACCAUCGAUCUGGCUCUCCGAUUCUACGCCUCGCCUCAGCGACUGCAUUUCAUCCAAAGUCCCGUUACUUUGGUUGAGCUGCUCGCUGUUGUGCCCUACUAUGCCGACUUCAUUCUCCAUCUACCACUCAAGCUGCACGGCAGUCCAUCGCAUGGCGAUGAGGAGGCCUCGAGACUAGGGUCUCCAGGGCCCGCCGACGCUGGCAACGUGAGUCUGCCCCAUCUGCCGAGAUUGCGCAAGUUCGUAGAUUUGGUACACGUCUUUCGCAUCUUCGGCAUCCUGCGACUUCUCAAAGUGUUGCGCUAUUAUGCCGGCUUACAGGUGCUCAUCUACACUCUGCGCUCCAGUUUCAAGGAUCUCAUGUUGAUGCUGACCUUCAUCAGUGUGGCCACACUAAUCUUCGCCUCGUUGAUCUACUUCGCCGAUGAUCCUCAGAUCUUCACCAGCAUUCCAGCCGCUUGCUGGUGGGCCGUGGUGACCAUCACCACAGUUGGCUACGGUGACUACUAUCCGCGAUAUCCGGCCGGCUGUUUCAUUGGAGCAGCCUGUGCUCUUGUCGGCGUCCUUGUUGUCGCUUUCACGGUGCCCAUUCUAGUCAACUCUUUCAUGCUUUACUACUCGUACGCAGACAGUCUGAACUCCGAGAAGGGCCUACGUACAAGCGACCAUUGCUGUUCUGCAAGAGCCCCAGACAACUAUUGCAGGGCGCGUCUUUCGCAUCUCAGGCUAGUCAACUCGAGGGAGGAGAUUCAACUCGACCAUCAUAGGAGCCUCAAACCGCGCGAAAUAUGA